AUCUCUCUCUCUCCUCUCGUGUUGUCCACUAUUUCUUUCCUCUCUCUUCUCUCUCUGACAUUUUUUUUUAGUUUCGCUGUGUAUAUAUAUAUAUUCAUUAUUUAUUUAAUUUCCCGGAUCGAGAGAUAAAGUUGAUUGUUUCACGAAGACUCCAAGUUACGGCAAUGGCGGUCUACGGCGAGAAGAAGCACUGGUGGCUCCGCAACAAGAAGAUCGUUGACAAAUACAUGAAGGAAGCAAAGAAUUUAAUAGCGAGCAAAGAUCCAAACGACGUCGAAUCAGCUCUAAGCCUUCUCGAGUCUGCUCUCUCCGUCUCUCCUCGCUACGAACUCGCUCUCGAGCUCAAAGCCAGAUCGCUUCUCUACCUCCGUCGAUUCAAAGACGUCGCUGAUAUGCUCCACGAUUACAUCCCGAGCCUUAAAUUCUCCGGCGAAGACUCCGGCAUCGGUUCGUCGGAGCUCUCUUCCACGCACUCGUCUCGUGAAUCGGUCAACCUCCUGAACGAUUUGCCGAGUCACGGCGGUGACUCGUCUUUUAAAUGCUUCUCUGUUUCUGAUCUCAAGAAGAAAGUCAUGGCUGGGCUCAGUAAAAACUGCAGCGAACAAGGGCAAUGGAGAUAUUUAGUUCUUGGGCAAGCUUGUUGCCACCUAGGUCUUAUGGAGGACGCGAUGGUCCUUCUCCAAACCGGUAAACGGUUAGCCACCGCCGCGUUCCGCCGUCAGAGCAUCUCCUUGUCCGACGACAGCUUCAUCCUCUUCUCCCCCGCGCACGGCGGAUCCUCUCCUCCUCCUCCUUCCUCCGUCGUCGUCUCUUCCUCCUCCCAGCCGCGAUCGCUAACCGAAUCCGAAAGCGUCGCUCACAUGCUAUCUCACAUUAAGCUCCUCUUACGCCGCCGCGCCGCCGCGCUCGCGGCUCUAGACGCCGGACUCUACUCCGAAUCGAUCCGCCACUUCUCCAAGAUCCUAGACAGCCGCCGCGCCGUGCCGCAGGGAUUCCUCGCCGAGUGCUUCAUGCACCGGGCCUCGGCGAACAGAUCCGCCGGGAGGAUCGCGGAGUCCAUCGCCGAUUGCAACAAAACGCUGGCGUUGGAGCCGUCGUGCCUCCAAGCGUUGGAAACUCGAGCCGCGCUGCUCGAGUCCGUACGGUGUUUCCCUGACUCGCUUCACGAUUUGGAACACUUGAAGCUUCUUUACAACUCGAUUUUACGUGACCGGAAACUUCCCGGUCCGGUUUGGAAACGCCACAACGUCCGGUACAGAGAGAUACCCGGGAAACUAUGUGUUUUGACGUCGAAAACUCAGCAGUUGAAGGAGAAGAUCGCGAGGGGUGAAACCGGGAACGUUGAUUACUACGCUCUGAUGGGAAUCAGACGCGAUUGCUCGAGAUCGGAGCUUGAUCGAGCUUACUUGUUGCUUAAUUUAAAGCAUAAACCGGAGAGAUCAAUGUCGUUUAUUGACCGGUUUGAGUUAACCGAGGGCGAGGAAGAAUUAGAUUCGGUUAAGGAUCGGGCUAGAAUGUCAACUCUAUUACUAUACAGAUUGAUCCAGAGAGGCUACUCCGUCGUGACAAGUAACAUUGCAACGGAACAAGAGGCUGAGAAGCAACGUAAAGCUGCUGCCGCCGCCGCUGCAACGGAAAUUCAUCGGAGCAAUAACAUUGAAACGCCGAUUAGAGCGAGUGUGGUGAAAGGAGUGUUUUGUAGAGAUUUAACGGUGGUUGGGAAUUUGAUUGCACGAACCGGGUUUAACCAACCGAUUCCGGUUAAAUACGAAGCGCUUAGUUGCUGAGUUUCUUUCGUUCUUAUUAUUGAUUCUGGAGAUUGUACAAAAGAAAAGACAGAUCACAUUGGAUAAAAUCAUGGAUAAUGAGAAUAUUGUCUGCCCCGA